CUGCUCUGACCUUAUUAAUUUUCAAGGUUUUGAAAUUCCCAGUACUGUCUGUCACUGAGAAAAAAAGCGUGGUUUUUCUGACGACAUGCAACUAGCCGUCACGUUACAAGCAAACCAACUUUCAACCGCCUUUGAGCUGGCUUAUGCAAGUUACAUUUCUAACCUAAAGUCAAUAACUAAUGUCAGCUCCACCACGAAUAUAUUCUUCAUCCCCACCACGGUUCCCACCUCCACACAGUCUCCAUACAAGUUCAAUACCAUUUUCCACUCUCAACUUUGGCAGUUCCCCACCAUUACAUCGUUUGCCUCCACCAAGCAGUAAUAGCACAACCGCCACCACUAGCGCAUCCGUCCCAACAAAUGCAAUGGAGCCCCUCGUUCCUCCCAAAUUUCCAAAGUAUCUUGAUAGUAGCUCAUAUGCUGAGCUUGUCCAGAGGCAAUACGAACUUCGGCUUGCAGCCUACUCGUCCGACAAACAUCGGGAGUCUGCCGACACAACUCCUAUCUUGGUCAAUUCUGCGGUACGAAAGCCCAAGGUGAAGACUAGUGGCCAGCCUUUCCAUUUGUCGCUUGACAAUGCUGAUAAAUUGGAAGAUUUGGAUUUGAAACUUCCCACCGCCUGGAAUCCAAAUGAUAAGGGUCACUGUGUGGAAUUGUCAUCAGACAACCGUCGCUUGAAAUAUGUUGGCGUUGGAAAAGACGAUACCGAUGCGGCUUCAGUGCGAGCUAACUUUCCCAUGCGACCCCAGUGCGGCAUUUUUUAUUUCGAAGUCGAAAUUGUAUCUAAAGGAAGAGAUGGUUACAUUGGCAUUGGAUUUUGCUGGCAGUCUAAUCUAUUGAACCGAUUACCUGGCUGGGACGACCAUUCUUGGGGCUACCAUGGCGAUGAUGGACAUUCCUUCUGUAGCUCUGGUAACGGCAAACCCUAUGGACCUAAGUUUGGCACAGGUGACACUAUUGGCUGCGGUGUCAAUUUCCAAGACAUGUCUGCAUUUUACACCAAGAAUGGAGUGGAUCUCGGGACCGCCUUCCAGGGCCUCCAGGGUGCUUCAUUAUACCCAUGCGUCGGAUUCCGAACACCUGGCGAGCAAGUUGAAGUCAACUUUGGUGAAAGGGAAUUCAAGUUUGAUAUUGAACAUUACGUCAAGGAGGCAAAAGGAAAACUACUGGCAGACAUAUCCAAUAUACCUAUCACGGAAUCAGCUAUAUCCAGAGGUGCAGGUGACAGCAUUUCCACCCCUUCCAAAGCCUCAUCCGCCGCACCACCGUCGACACCAGCAGGCACUGCAACACCAGCCAGCACUUCCAAACCAUCCUCACCUGCACCACCCAGGCUAAAUGCUAUAGAUGACAUGGAAAGUAGCAAAAUCCUUCAUGAGGUUGUGCUAUCCUACAUGGUUCAUCAUGGCUUCAGUGAUUCGGCAAAGACAUUUGCCAAGGACAUAACUGAAUCUCGGAGAACCGAUUCGAUGGCGCUUCUGAAGGAUAAUAGUAUGGAUACUGAUCCUGUCGACUUGAUACGGGAUGAACAAGAUAUACAACAAAGACAGGAAAUAAGACAUGCGCUAAUGGCUGGCGAUGUCGACAAAGCCAUUAACCUUUGUGAAGAACAUUACCCCAGCGUAUUGGACGACAAUGACAUGCUCAUGUUCAAGCUUGAAUGUCAUAAAUUUAUAGAACUCAUGCGACAGUAUGCCGAACAACAAGGAUUUCACCCCAAGAAAAAGCUAACCAGCAGUUGCUCCUCCAAUACCAAGAGUGCCAUCGAUACCUAUGUUCCUACUAGGGAAGGGAUGGACCUAGAUGACGUUCCGGUUCAGCAACAACGAGGGUAUAAGCGACGAAGAAGUAUACAUGAAGAAGAGGAUAUAGCUAGCGUCGAUAGCUUGAGCAAUAAUGAGGAAGAUGACGAGGAAGAUGAUGACUCGGACGAAGAAGAUUCGCUAGACGGAUUGUUGGGCACGGCCAUGACUUAUGGGCAACAACUGCAACAGAAUUAUGGCCGAGACGAACGCCCUGAAGUGCAAAGUACUCUGGUCGAGACGUUUUCGUUGAUUGCGUAUCGAGAUCCUUUCCAAAGUCCUGUUGCGCAUGUUCUUGACGACCAGCGACGUGACGAGUUGGUCAACCAGCUUAAUUCUGCUAUCCUAGUGUCACGAAAUCUUCCUGGUAUGCCGCGACUGGAACAUAUGUACAAACAAACGCAAGUGGCGAUUCAAGAACUUUUGUUUGCAGGUAAUGGUAAAGCUGCCAUGAUGGAUUUAUGCAAAGACGUUCUUUGACCCACUAUUAUAAAUAAAAAACGAAAUAUGGAAGCUUCUGUUUUCCUUUGAGUAGGUAGUGUUGAAAAUCCAUAAAAAACC